AUGAGGUACGCCGUUCUGCUCGCCUCGAUGGCUACCACGCUUCUGGCGGCACCUACGCUUACGAGAGAUACAAUGGCAUGGACACCGACGUUAGCAGGCUACUUCGAUGUUGUGUACAGCUACAUCCAGCAAGCAAGGGCUACCGGUGGUUCUCCGCCAGCAUGUGAUCUCUCAAAAGCCGCCAUGCCCAUCGCCCCAACACCUUUACCAACUCCUGACGGCUUGAAGCUGGUGCAUGUUGCUAUCGGACGGGGGGUGCAGAACUAUACUUGUGCCAACUCCACUGCUACUCCCGCCGCAGUGGGCGCCAUUGCCAAAUUUUACAAUGCUUCCUGCGUCGCCAGCGAUUACCCGGAUCUGUUGGACCUGAUACCGACUGUUGCACUGUCGUACCCUGUCCCGUCUGGAGCAGACUCUCCCCUCGAGCCAUCUGAUCUCGGCCUAUCAAGCCACCACUUCUUCUCCAACACGACCACUCCGGUAUUUUCCUUUGAUGUUUCCUCAGGACCGCAGCUUGGCAGAGUGACGGCCCAGAAAACAAAUGAUUCUGUGGCUCCAUCGAAUGCUCCAGUCGGCGUGAACGGCCAAGGCAACGGUGCCGUACCUUGGCUCUAUCUCAAAUCCCGGUCUACCACUGUUGGCGACAUCAAAGCUAUCUAUCGACUGAGCACAGCAGGAGGCAGUCCACCUCCAUCGUGUGCAGACCAACCUUCUACCAUCAGCGUGGACUAUUCCGCUGUCUACUGGUUCUGGGAGUAG